AUGCCUGCAAACCGCAAUCACUUCAAACUGCCUCCAACCCAGGCUCCAGGUAAACACGCAUGUAGCUGGUGCGAGGAGUGCACGUACUUUUCAGCUCAGACUAGAAAUAAAACAGAUUCCAAAUCAGCUCGCCUCCGCGAUGGACAACACAAACAAGUGCAAAAAUUGCCAGGCCUCCAUUACAGAGGGCCAGGCGUACGAGCUGGGCGGCGAGAGAUGGCACGUCGAGUGUUUCCGGUGCUCGAAGUGCGACAAGGAGCUCGGAGUCAACUCGAACUUCCUGAUGCUGGGAACGGGCUCGCUGGUGUGUUCGGAAUGCUCGUACUCGUGUAA